AUGACAGGUGUUGUCGUUGAUUCUGGUGAUGGAGUCACUCAUGUAUGCCCUGUUUAUCAAUGUUAUCCUCUACCCCAUCUUACAAGACGACUUGAUAUUGCCGGAAGAGAUAUCACUCGAUAUCUUAUUAAGUUGCUUCUUCUUCGUGGAUACGCUUUCAAUCAGACGGCCGACUUUGAGACGAUUCGGCAGAUGAAGGAGCGUCUCUGCUAUGUCGCCUAUGACCUGGAACAGGAACAAAGUCUUGCCUUGGACACCACUGUUUUGGUGAAGAAGUACACUGUAAGGCUUUAG